AGAUGUUGCAACGAGAGAUGGUACUGAUGGAGGUAUGUGUGGACACGUACCAGUCGGCACUGGAGGCAGUGAAGGGUGGAGCAGGGAGGCUCGAAUUAUGCUCGGCCCUAUCUGAAGAUGGACUCACACCCAGCCCUGGCACUCUAAUAACCAUCAAACAGGACAUGGAGGUGCCAGUGUUCUGUAUGAUACGACCUCGUGGAGGUGAUUUCCUGUACACAGAACCAGAACUGAAGAUCAUGGAGAAAGACAUGAAAAUUCUCAAGGAUCAAGGUGCUGAUGGCUUUGUGUUUGGGGCCCUCGAUCCCCAGGGACGAGUGGACAGUGCAGCCUGCGAGAGACUCCUUCAAGCUGCAGCUCCCCAUCCCUGCACCUUCCAUCGGGCCUUUGAUGCCACUGUUGAGCCCAUUUCAACCUUGGAUGAGGUCAUCAGACUCGGGUUUACACGGCUCCUGACGAGCGGCUUGGCAUCCACGGCUAACGAGGGCAUCCGGGUCAUCCAGGAUUUGGUUCAGAGGGCUCAGGGUCGAAUCAAGAUCAUGCCUGGGUCAGGGAUAAAUGAAGUCAACGUGGGUCACAUCCUCCGAGUCACUGGAGCCCGGGAAUUCCACGGAUCGGGACGAGUCCUCAGGUGCUCCAACAUGAACCAUGUUAAUCCAGGGUUUCCUCCUUCUCCCAUUCAUGGGACAUCUGCUGACAAGAUUCAACAAAUCCUGGCUGCUGCAAGGGAAUCCAUCACAGAGCAGUAA